GAGGGGUGAGGGAUUGAGAGAAUCACGGCGCGCCGUUGCUGGUAGAAGGGGAAGCCCUAUUCUCCCUGCCUCCUCCUGCCUUUGCUUUCCCAAUCAAUCAAAGACCCCACAAUUUUCUCCACCUUUCUCUCUCUCCAAUGCCAGCAUCUCCCUCAGAUGCCCGGGGCCGAUGGAAGCGUCGGAAGCGAGACCGCAAACCCAAACAGCAGCUUCACGACGACAACGACGCCCUUCAGGAGGAUGACGAAGAAGAAGACAACAUCAACAACAACAACGAUGACCUCGACAAUUCCGUUGAUGAAGCUGGUGCUGCUGUGCCCGAUCCAUCCGCGGGGCCCAGCGAGAGCGAGGUCUUGGCUGACGGUAGGGUCCGCAUCUCCGAAUUCCCGGUUGUGGUUAAGCGGACCGUCAACCGACCCCAUCCUUCCGUCAUGGCUAUUGUGGCGGCUGAACGGGCGGGUUUGGAUGGGGAUAGUAAGGGGCAGCAGGUUGGGGUAGCCGUGUUGGAGAAUAUUUCUUACGGCCAGCUGCAGGCGUUGUCUGUGGAACCUGCGGCACAUGAUCAGGACAAGUUUGUGAUUGCUCCGCCACCAAUUAUGGAGUGUAGAGGCGUGGUUAAGAGGUUUGGGAGUAGGGUUCAUGUAGUGCCAAUGCAUUCAGAUUGGUUUUCACCAGCUACAGUGCAUCGAUUAGAAAGGCAAGUGGUCCCUCAUUUUUUCUCUGGAAAAUCACCAGAUCACAGCCCAGAAAAGUAUAUGGAAUGUAGGAACUACAUUGUUGCCAAAUACAUGGAUAAUCCAGAUAUGAGACUUAUUACCCCUGAUUGCCAAGGACUGGUAGAUGGUAUCAGUAAUGAAGAUUUAGCACGAAUUGUUCGGUUUCUUGAUCACUGGGGAAUUAUCAAUUAUUGUGCUGCUUCACCAAGCAAUGAGCCUUGGAAUGGUGGCUCCUUCAUAAGGGAGGAUACAAAGGGUGAGGUUCAUGUGGCGUCAGCUGCUUUAAAGUCUAUUGAUAGUUUGAUAAAAUUCGAUAAGCCCAAAUGUAGGCUCAAGGCAGCUGAUGUCUAUUCAUCAUUGUCCUGUCAUGGUGAUGAUUUUUCGUACUUGGACGACAGAAUUCGAGAGCGUUUGUCUGAAAACUGUUGCAAUCAUUGUUCUCAGCCUCUUACUUCUAUGUCGUAUCAGUCACAGAAGGAAGUUGAUGUGCUAUCAUGCUCUGAUUGCUUUCAUGAUGGGAGAUUUGUUAGUGGUCACUCAAGCAUAGAUUUUAUAAGAGUCGAUUCAGCACAAGAUUAUGGUGAACUGGAUGGAGAAACUUGGAGUGAUCAAGAAACUCUUCUACUGCUCGAGGCAAUGGAAAUUUUCAAUGAGAAUUGGAAUGAAAUAGCAGAGUAUGUUGGUACAAAGUCAAAAUCACAAUGCAUACUUCAUUUUCUCCGUCUGCCCAUCGAGAAUGGAAUAUUAGAAAAUAUUGAAGUUCCAAACAUGUCUAAAUCAUUUAAUCUUCCAAAUGGAGAUGAUAAUGGUAGACUGCACUCCAGCACAAAUGGAAGUCUUCUAGAUGCUGAUUCUGAAAACAGCCUCCCUUUUGCAAAUUCUGGGAAUCCUGUAAUGUCAUUGGUUGCUUUUCUGGCCUCUGCUGUUGGACCAAGAGUUGCUGCAGCCUGUGCCCACACAUCCUUGGCAGCAUUGUCUGAAAAUGUGGAAGGAGCAGGACACGGUGAUAGGACAAAUUCAGAAAAUGUACAUGGAAAAGGAGGUUUUCAUGGUUCAAUUCAGCAAAAGGGCGAAAACUCAGCACUACACGGUUCAUGGAGUCGAAAGGAGGCUGAGACUGCUCCAUUGUCUGUGGAAAAAGUUAAAACUGCUGCAAAAGCUGGCCUUGCAGCUGCAGCUAUGAAGGCAAAACUGUUUGCUGACCAUGAGGAACGGGAAAUUCAAAGACAUUCAGCUAAUAUAAUAAAUAAUAAGUUAAGGAGAUUGGAGCUGAAGCUUAAGCAGUUUGCAGAGAUUGAAACCUUGCUGAUGAAAGAAUGUGAACAAGUGGAGAAAACAAGACAAAGGUUUGCUGCAGAACGGGCCCAUAUUAUAUCUACUGGACUUAGAUCCCCUGGAGUUGCUUCACAGAUGACUCUACCUGGUGUUGCUCCCUCUAUGGUUAACAGUAACAUAAGCAAUAUGAGGCCACAAGUAAUUUCAGCCUCGCCUUCACAACCCAGCAUUUCAGGAUAUGGCAGCAGUCAGCAGGUACAUCCCCACAUGCCAUUUAUGCCACGUCAGGCAAUGUUUCCAAUGGGACCAAGAGUCCCCCUUGCAGCCAUGCAGGCUUCCACAACAGCACCUAAUGUUAUGCUUAAUGCCCCAGUAAAUGCACAGCCUGCCGUUAGUCAUCCACUGAUGAGGUCUGUAUCUGGGACUAGCUCUAGUUUAGGUUGAACUGAUAAACUUGAUGUAAACUUGGAAUUGAAUUGUGGUUCGAUUUAAUUGGAGCUGUUACUCUGUUUUCCCUACUGCAAAUAGAAGAGAGAACCGUAUAAAUGGAUGAGCCACAAAUGUAACUUCACAUCUUGUAGUUCAUAUACAAGGCAAGAGAGGCGAUUUGGAGGGUUUGUAACAUCAUCAUCUAGAUUUGGAAUAUCUAUACUUUCAAUUAAUUACAACAUUUUCU